UGGGCCGACAGCAAGUUUUUUUUUUUUUUUCUUUGGAAGUUGAAAAAACACGUAGCCACCCCGGUAUGUUUGUAAAUGGAGUGAUACUGACUGUGAGAUGAAUCCCGUAUAGAUUUGGUGAUGAAGACUAAUCUGCAGUAGAUAGUUCAACUUUGGAUGGAGUGUAUUUCUUUAUCCAGCGCAGUCCAAACAGAGCACAGAAGCACUGAGGGGGAUCGGAAUUUACCGGUGACAAGUCUGGGAGGAAAAAAAAACGGAAAAGAGGAUCCAGUCGUUUCAUGGAGCAACAUUUUUAAAAAAGCCAGUUUGCUUUUGAUCACAAGAAAGGAAAUCAAUAUUUAAAGCCUAAAGUCGAUGAAAAGCGUUUUCUUUAAAGGGACAACCCAGACGUAUCCCCUUUGAGUUCAGCCUCAACUUUGAAGAACAGCUCCGACCAUGGCGAAAAAGUAUGAUUUCCUUUUCAAAUUGUUACUCAUCGGGGACAGCGGAGUGGGAAAAACAUGUCUGAUCAUUCGUUUUGCUGAGGACAAUUUCAACUCCACAUACAUUUCAACCAUCGGCAUUGACUUUAAAGUAAAAACCAUUGAAGUGGAUGGAAAGAAAGUGAAACUACAAGUCUGGGACACAGCAGGGCAGGAGAGGUUCAAGACCAUUACGACAGCCUACUACAGAGGAGCCAUGGGCAUCAUCCUGGUGUACGACAUCACAGACGAGAAGUCCUUCGAAAACAUUCAGAACUGGAUGAAGAGCAUCAAAGAAAAUGCAUCAGCUGGGGUCAGUCGGAUGUUGCUAGGUAAUAAGUGCGACAUUGAGGCAAAGCGGAAAGUUUCCAAGGAGACGGGAGAAAAGUUGGCCAAAGAUCAUGGCAUCAGAUUCUUUGAAACCAGUGCAAAGUCCAGCAUUAAUGUUGAGGAGUCUUUUCUGGCUUUGGCACGCGACAUACUACAGAAAUCCAGCAAGAAACCAGGCCCCACUGGUCGAGAAGUAAAAAUCACCAGCAGUACCGAGAAAAAAUCCUCCAAGUGUACUCUUCUCUAGAUUUGACACCAGCUAAAACACAAAAGAAGGUGCCAUACAAAGUUAAGGACACAUCAGUAUUACUGGAGGAAUACAGUACAACACGUUUUCUGUCUCCAUCUGGUGGGCUUAAAUGUCAAAUACAUACAGGUGCAAAAAGUCUUUUUAUAUCUAAUCAAUCUAUACUCCCUUUACAAGUGCCUGCAUUUCACAUUGAACAUAAUUCCUGCGACAUCUACUGUGAUAGAGUUAAUGUCAUGAAGAGCUGGUGAAAAGGAGUAUUGUAUGACCUUAAACAGAGCCCUGAUGGAAAUUCAAAAAACAGUCCCCACCAUGUUUAGUACAGCUCUGCAUUUCAAUUUCAUUUUUCUGGACUGGGGUAGCUCUGAAAAAAAAAAAAAAAACACCAGCUUAAUGGAAACAUUACAGACAUUUCUUAGGUGUGAGCACAUGUAGUCACAGCGUUUAGGAGCUCAGAGUCAGACAAAGAGUUUGUUGUAAAAAUGUUUUGAUUCACAUAUGUGCAGUACACACAGUAGGCUUCUGGCUAGAGUCUGUUCUAUAGUCGAUAUCAGUUCUGUUCAUCUUAAAUUCAAGGGGCCAUGGGCAUGUCAGUGAUUCAGUUAGAUGUAAAUUAGCUGGAAAUGCUAAAAUGUCUGAACAGUAAGUCAUAAAAUGCCUUUGGUAAGCAAUACACUUCCUCUUUUGUCAGUUCACUGUUUCAAAUUUAAUGAUUUUUAUAAUAUCGCAACAGCACAGACAUGUGGAAAUCCCAUUCCUGCAGUGCCACACGAAAGACAAGGGAAACAUUUUCCUUCUCAGCAUUUGAGUGGCACAUAAAUGCAUUGCAGAGAUGUCAUAAACUGAACAUCAAGCUCAUGAGAUGUUUCAGUAGUUCACAGCAAUAUAAUCAGUUCCACAGAAUCCGCAUUACCAGAUGCCAUUCCAUAUUGAACACCCUGAGUCCAUAACAUGGACAUUUCCGGAUUUCGUCCUAUGAGAAACUGAUAACAUGCUCUUCACAUAGAUGAAUUAGACAAGUUGAUGUGUGAUGCUGUUUGUUCAAGCUGAAACAAGCGCAGGUGGUAAACAAGUUUUGUUUUAAUAGAAGAAUGGAUUGACAAUGUGGAAGAUAGGAACUGAGAUAAGUGCAAUAUGAGAGGAUGAGUGGAGAGAUAAAAGAAUGAUGGAUAAAGCAAGUGAAUGGGCAGGAUGUGAGAGCAGGGGAAGCAGCAGUCCUCAUUUUGAAUUGAUUUAGUGGGUCUUGCCUUUUAUCUGAAGUGCCUGGUAAAUGUCUAAACACUACCACACAUUCGCUACAUCACAAAUGAUAGUCUCUCUGUUCAGGUCAUUUUCAGAACAUUCAAAAUGACUGAGAUUACAGGUGCUCACCUGAUCCAUUUUUUUUCCUGCCCAGACAUAUGAUAUUUUCUGUAACAAGUUUUUUUUUCCACACUCUGUCAUCUGUGCCACAAGGCUUUGUAUGUAGUUCCCACACAUGCUGCUUACUGAAUAAAAAUGCAAAACUGUAAACAUGA